UUGUCUGACAUUUUUCUUUACACAAUUCGUAAACAAAAUAGUGGGUUGAUAAAAUACACACUUUGUGAGCUAACUGAAAAAUACUUAAAAUCAAGUUACAUGAUUUAAUGUAAAGAAUUAGAUAAGUUUUAAGAUAAAAAAACAUUGAUUAUAAUAAUAUAGUAUAGAGUUAGCCACUAAAAAUGUAUGGAUUUCUCUAAUUGUGUGUAGUAUAUUCGAUUAAUUUUGUGUGCUUCUUAGACAUUUGUAUAUCGAUACACAUACAAGUGUCAUCGGCAAGAAUUUGUAAUAGUAAAUUCAAUUGGCGCUUUUUAAUCCUCCAAAUAUUAAUCUUAUUAAAAAAUGGAUGACGAGGAGAAGCUUGCUCAAUGUCGAAAUGCCAUCUUGGUAUUUGUAAUCAAUAAUAUAGAAAAUAAAUUACCUAUAAAGGAAGAAGAAAUGCGGGAAAUACUUGACAAAGAUAAAGCACUGUUCAAGGGAUGUUUACCUAGUGUAAUUCAAACUUUGAAAAAGGUUUAUGGAAUAAUUUUGCAGCGGGUACCUGACACUAGGAAAUAUAUUUGCUAUUCAGAGUUAAGUGCAUCCUCCACAGCAGAAUAUGAUUUGGAACAGAUUCGUAAUUUAACAUUGUUAUUUAUCAUACUGUCUUAUUUGUUAAUGAAAGAUUGCCGCGUGGAUGAAGAGCAAUUGUUUAAUUUCCUUAAAGGUCUACGGAUAGAUAUCGACGAGGAGGAUACAUACUUUCAGGGAAAUCUGAAAAAGCUUAUUUGUGAAACAUUUGUAAAACAAUUAUAUUUGAAGCGAGAAAAGUCCGAUUCUGAAACCGACAUGGAAACAAGGUAUUUGUUCUCGUGGGGUUAUCGCGCUACUAUGGAAUUUCCACCGAAAGAAGUUUUAAGACAAACUGCAGAGAUUCUUGGCAAGGAAGCCAGGGAUUUCGUCGCUAUAUAUAACAAAUAUUGUUCAAAUGAUAAUAACGAAGAACCAAUGGCUGUGGACUAAAUUUAUUAUUCAAAAUAAUUUCAGUACCCAUUAACCUUUUUUUUUACUAAUCGUGUAGGUAUGUGAACAUUUCUAACGUAGUUCUUGCUUUUUUAUAUUUCUAAAAUUACAAUUUAACUUAUUCUACAUUAUUUUAUAAGUUUAUGCUUGUAUAUAUUGUAUAGUGUUGUAAUAAUAUAAAAAACUAGAUUAUUAUAAAUACUAAUGAUUCGUCACAAGUAUUCAAGUGUACCAGUCUGGCUGUUUUAAAAAUAUGCAUAUUUGUAUGUUUUUGUAUAUGUAAACUCGUUUAACUACUUUAUUGAGUCCCCCGUCGGAAAACCUAAGAGUUUCGAAUGAAACAUGGUUACGUUAUUCGUGGAAUGUUGGAGGAUUUUAAACUUAAAAAACUUAAUCAUUAUAGUCAAGAGAUUUCAAAAUAACUGUUUUUCAUUAAUUAGAUCACUAAAUGAAUGUUUGAGUGAGCUGUUUCUGUCUUAUUAACUGUCAAGUCUUGCUAUCCCUAUAUUCAUGUAUUCCCGAAUAAUCUAAAAAAAUAUGUUUGACUGAAAGCCUAUGAAUGAAGGGAUUUAUACAUUAUUGAUUUUCAAAAUCGUACAAAACAAAUUUGUUUCACCCAAAAUUAACAACAAAGUAAAUUUAAUACAGAUCUGAUGAGAGCAUAAAACACUA